AUGUCGCAUCUGCUGUCUUUCAACAUUCCGGGAGCGUUUCCUUUGGCCAGUUCAGAUCCACUUCCGAACAAACGAUCAAUGAGUAUAGUCAAUGAAACAGUUCAACACCAAAUAGAAUCUAAAUUCAUCUCCAAUCAAUUAGUCAACCGUAAAACCAAAUACCAACAUGAAAUCUUGUAUCAACUUGAAGCGUUAUGCUAUAUUCUAAUAUUCUAUCAGUUUAUCAAAUACUGUCACUAUGCGUGCUUAAUCCCAUUUCUAAGUCACAUCAUAGUCUUGUUGGCGCUAAACCCUAGAAUCAUCACUAGUUCAAAUUCACGAACAGUUUUGGAUAUAUUGUUCGAAAAUGCAGAUGCUGAGACAAGACGAAAUACUUUGGAGCGUACGCUUCCUGAAUAUAGCUACAUGAUGUAUGUCAAGACAUUAUUUGUGGUUGUGUAUCAUACAUUAUUUAUCUCCAUUUGGGGAGUCUCUUUAGUGAAUCGAGAAAAGCUACCCACAAUAGAGUACGGGACUUGGUGGUUUGUUUCAUUUAUUGGAGAAAACGUACCUUAUAUAUCGCCGAAUGCGUCGGCAUGGAGCAAAAUCAUCGAACUUGGACUAUUUCAACUUUUAUUUGUUGAUUUGCUAAUACUAUUCAUUCAAUUGAUCUUGUUUCAAUGCAUCUAUUAUCAGAGCUCCCUUAUGGCGUUAGGAGGAAGAAGUAUAAAUGAGCCUGAAGUGUGUGUGAUUCGAGGAAGUGAGUCAAACACCGGUGUUCAAGGGGAUACAAGUUUGAAUGAGAAUCAAAUGGGAAUAUUGACUGUGUUGGCUGUACGGUUAUAUGAAAACUUUGAAAUACUGGGAAUGUUUCGACGAGAGUAG